AUGUCCGAGGGCAGCACGCCAAAACGCAUACCAGACACGCCUCCUCAGAGGAGAUUGAGCGAGCAGACUCCGAUAGCGUCCGCACCGCCGCUCGACGACGCCAGCACGAACUCGCUGUUGACGCUCGACGACGAAGUAGUGCCCGAGGAUGUCUCGCGCGGCUGCGUGCUGGCCAUCUUCGACGCAGUAGCGUUCGUGACCGCGUGCGCCGCGGGUGCGCUCGGCGCAGCCCACGUCAUACAGCUCAUGGCCUUUGUGGCCGCCCCGGCUCCAAGAGGCGGCCUGCCUGGCGCCAUAUUUGCGGCGUCGAUUAGCUAUCAAUUCGCCCUAUGCCUCUGUAUCGUGGGAUUUGAGCUGGGUGUGAUUUCACACGACGAUCAGUGGACGGGCCGCUACUGGACCGUCCGUGGGCUUCUGUACGCGUUCCUCGGAGUAAUCGCACUGCCAGGCGCGGCGGCAGACGCGGCCACGAACGAAACGCGAGUCACGAUCUGUGUGGAAAUCAACCAGUGCGUCGGGUGCACGGCGAUGACGCGGCCAUCCUGGCUCGGUCGAGCGGUGAGGAACCGGCAUCGCCACGCCAUCGAGCAGGUGCCGCGUCGAUGACGUGGAGGACGACGCGAUGAUUCAGCGAACGCGCCGUAAAAUUUUGAUUUCCACACAGGUCACGAUGAAGCAGGGAGAACUCGUCUGCGUGCCUGGCGAAGCCGCAAAGGCGCUCGAAAAGUACCGCGUCGUCGCUGCGUCCGCGGUCAUCGCGACCGGCGCGUUGUACGUCCUGCUGGGCCUGUGUUGCUGUCGCGGGAUUCGCCGCGGCGCGCAACUGCGGUACCGGCGGCGCCUCGCCCACGCCGAGUUGCAACGGGCGUACCUCGCCGAGCGCGCACACAGGACUGGAACGCCUGUGGCCGAGGCCUGA